AUGAAUCGACAGUCAACGAUGAGCGUCCACCAGCAACUGGAGGCGGUGACCGACCUUUCGCAGCUCUCGCACAUCACAGAAGAUGUGAUUGUAGCCUGCCUACGGGAGAGGUUUAUGUCGGACCAUAUCUACACCAAUAUCGGCUCUUCUGCUCUUGUCGCCGUCAACCCGCACAAAUACAUCGCCAGUAACUCGGAUGCCGUUCUCAACAAAUAUGCCGCGGAAUAUCGGGAUACGUCCGAGCACAAGGAGAAGCUUCCACCACACAUAUUUCAACUUGCCAACAAUGCGUACUACCACAUGCGAAGGACAACGCAGGAUCAAUGUAUUCUCUUCAGUGGAGAAACCGCCAGCGGGAAAUCGGAGAAUAGACGACUCACCAUCAAGACGUUGCUCGAGCUGAGCGUGAGCAAUCCAGGCAAAAAGGGCGCCAAACUCGCAACUCAGGUCCCCGCUUCUGAAUUUGUUCUCGAGACAUUCGGGAACGCAAGAACCCUCUUCAACCCAAAUGCCUCUCGUUUCGGGAAAUACACCGAACUUCAAUUCUCGGAGCGCGGCAGACUGUCUGGCAUCAAGACGUUGGAUUACUAUCUUGAGCGCAAUAGGGUAGCUGGUGCUCCUUCAGGCGAGCGCAACUUCCACAUAUUCUACUACCUUGUUGCUGGUUCUUCGCCCGAAGAGCGACAGCAUCUUCACCUGCUCGACAAAAUGACGUACAGAUAUCUCGGACAACGGACAGCACCUAAGUCCGCCAACGGACGGGACGACGAUGCCGUCCGCUUCGACCAACUCAAGGUUGCUCUCAAGACUAUAGGCCUAUCGAAGCGACUCGUUGCGCAGACCUGCCAACUUGUCGCCGCUAUUCUCCACCUUGGCAAUUUGGAGUUCACCAUUGACCGAUCUCGCAACGAAGACGCCGCUAUAGUUCGUAACACGAACAUUCUUGAGGUUGUUGCAGACUUUUUGGGCGUCCAGCCCUCGGCGCUUGAAUCCACAAUGUCCUACAAGACGAAGCUUGUCAAGAAGGAGCUUUGCACUGUCUUCCUUGAUCCUGACGGUGCCUCCGACAAUCGGGAUGACCUCGCAAAGACCCUCUAUUCAUUGCUAUUUGCAUGGCUCAACGAAUACAUCAAUCAACGACUCUGCCGCGACGACUUCUCCACUUUCAUCGGUCUCUUCGACCUCCCGGGUCCCCAGAAUCUCACCAGCCGUCCCAACUCCCUAGACCAAUUCUGUAUCAACUUCGCCAAUGAACGCAUGCAGAACUGGAUUCAGAAGCGCCUUUUCGAGAGCCACGUCGACGAAUACAACACCGAGGGCAUCUCACGCUUCGUCCCACAAGUUCCUUAUUUCGACAACUCCGAGUGUAUAAGGUUGCUUCAGAACCAGCCUGGAGGACUCAUUCAUAUUAUGGAUGAUCAAGCUCGUCGGGCCCCGAGGAAGACGAAUUUAACUAUGGUUGAGGCGUUUGGCAAGCGUUGGGGUAACCAUUCAUUGUUCAAGACUGGGGCGAUGGAUCGUUCUGGAUUCCCUACCUUCACGGUCCACCACUUUAACGGCCCCGUCACUUACUCUUCGGAAGACUUCCUUGAACGUAACCUUGAUUCAUUGAAUCCGGAUUUCGUCUCCCUCCUGCGCGGCACAACGGACGGUGCUGAUGGAUCUGGGUCCAACAACCCCUUCAUCAAAGGCCUCUUUUCAGCGAAGGCUAUCGCGACUCAAGCCCAUCCUCGAAAUGAGGAGACGAUUGUUGCCGCGCAGCAGCCUGUCAAACCCAUGCGUGCGCCUUCGACGAGAAGGAAAGGCACGAUCAAGCGCAUGCCGACGGUCAAGGAAGGAAUGGACGAUGAACACGAUGACGACGCUGCGCCAGCCAGUGGAGGUAUCCCAUGUAUUGCAGGAGAAUUCCGUGCCGCGCUCGAUACAUUGUUUGAGACGUUCGAUGAGAGUCAGUCUUGGUAUGUUUUCUGCGUCAAUCCGAACGACUCCCAGUUGCCCAACCAGCUGGAGGGGAGGAGCGUCAAAGGGCAGGUGAGGAGCGUGGGCCUAGCGGAGAUCUCAAGGCGGUGUAUCAAUGUCUUCGAGGUUGGGAUGACUCCGGAUGAGUUCUCGGAGAGGUACAAGGAUGGGCUGGAGGCAGCGGGAGUGACGGAAGGGACAUCCGGAGAGAGAGUACAGCAAGCGAGGACGGCGUUUGGCAUGAGCGAUAGCGACAUUGUGCUUGGACAGCAUAAGGUUUUCUUGUCACAAGCCGCUUUCCAUCGGUUGGAGGACCAGCUCCGGUCCAGGGACGUCGAGGAGCAAAAGCGGAAUCGUAUUAAGGACGCCGAAGCUGGUGCCGGCCUUACGGCUGGUGGGAUUGGCGAUCCAUAUGGCCCCUACGGAUCCCCUAGUGGUGAAGGGGAUGUCUCGCCUUGGGCGGGAGGAUAUUCUGAUCCUUUCAACCCAUCAACUCAGGCGCUUCCCCUCGUUAGCAACGCUUCCCCUUUCCAACGUGCCGACAUGUACGACGAUGACGCAGACGAGCAGAAGUCUCUUCGCAGUGAAGACUAUGAUGGCCGCAGUCGGUUUACAAGCCAGCGGGACGACUCGGUUUCGAAUUUCGGCUCAGAAUCCUAUGCUCCCUCGAGGAACAUGUUCCAGAAUGCUGACAAGAAAGGACUGCUGGAAAAGGAGGCGCUCCCUGGUGAGGUUCAAGAGGGUGAAACCACCGAAGUAGUGAAGGAGUCGUCUGCUCGAAGGCGAUGGGUCGCGUUAUGUUGGGUGUUGACAUUUUGGGUGCCCACCUUCUGCCUAACGCAUCUUGGGCGGAUGAAACGGAUGGACGUACGGCAAGCCUGGCGAGAGAAGUUGGCUCUGAAUAUCCUCAUUUGGUUCGUCUGUGGAUGCAUGACAUUCGUCAUUGCCUUCCUCGGUAUGAUCAUCUGCCCCACGCAACACGUCUUCAACUUGAACGAGCUCCGGUCGCACUCCCAGCAACUCAACCCGAACAACAUCUACACCGCCAUUCGUGGAGAGGUCUUCGAUUUAAAUUCUGUUGCUGAGGUUCAUGGGAGGAUAGUCAACGUCGUACCGCAAAAGGCAAUUCUUAAGUACGGUGGCACGAUCGCAGACAAUAUCUUCCCAGUGCAGGUCAGCUCCCUUUGCAACGGCAUAGAUGGCACGCUCAGCCCGUUCAUCACCUUGGAUUCGAGUAACAACACGGACGAGAACGCGCAAUAUCACGAUUUCCGCGUCUUCACCAACGACUCGAGACCCGAUUGGUAUUUCGAGAGUAUGGUUCAGAUGCGGUACAAUUCCCGCGUCGGCUUCGUUGGUUAUACUCCCAAGGAACUCAGAAAUAUGGCCAGCACGGGGAAUUCAGUCGCUGUUUACGGGGGUCUAGUCUAUGACCUCACGACCUACUUGAGAAGUCCUCCGGCACUUCGCGCUCCUUCUGGUACACAAGCUCCCCCCACAGACACCAACUUCAUGCACUCUGCCAUCGUGGAUGUUUUCAGACUUCACGCUGGGACGGAUGUCACAAAGAGGUUGGAUGCGCUGAAUAUUCCUCCCGACGUCCUCUCGCGCCAGAAGGUCUGCCUACGUAACUUGUUCACUAUAGGCAAGGUCGACAAUCGUGAAUCCGCACAAUGUCAAUUCGCUACCUACAUCCUGUUGAGUCUCUCUAUCGUCAUGGUAUCGAUCAUCGGAUUCAAGUUCCUGGCUUCUGUCAACUUCUCUGCGCCUCGCGCACCAGAAGAUCAUGACAAGUUUGUCAUUUGUCAAGUUCCAUGUUAUACGGAAGGCGAUUCUUCUCUUCGUCGUACCAUCGACUCUCUGGCUCAAAUGAAAUACGAUGACAAACGCAAGCUCCUACUCAUCAUCUGUGACGGUAUGAUUGUUGGUUCCGGAAACGACAGGCCUACCCCUCGUAUCGUGCUGGACAUUCUCGGUGCUGAUCCCAAUCUUGAUCCGGAGCCAUUGAGUUUCCUCUCCCUCGGUGAAGGCGCCAAACAACAUAACAUGGGCAAGGUAUACUCAGGCCUGUAUGAAUGCGCCGGUCACGUCGUCCCAUACCUGGUGGUGGCCAAGAUAGGGAAGCCGACUGAACGGUCGAGACCUGGUAAUCGUGGUAAACGUGACUCACAGAUGCUUUUGAUGCGCUUCUUGAACAAGGUUCAUUUUAAUGCCCCCAUGAAUCCGCUGGAGCUAGAGAUGUACCAUCAAAUCAAGAACGUCAUUGGUGUCAACCCAACUUUCUACGAGUACUUGUUCAUGAUCGACGCCGACACAACUGUGGACCCCUUCUCCGUCAACCGUCUUAUAUCUGCCAUGAUUCAUGACAAGAAACUUCUUGGUGUCUGUGGAGAGACGGAGCUUUCGAACGCUAAACAGUCAAUUAUUACUAUGAUGCAGGUCUACGAAUACUUCAUAUCCCAUCAUAUGGCCAAAGCUUUCGAAAGUUUAUUCGGCUCGGUGACUUGUCUUCCUGGUUGUUUCACCCUCUAUCGUCUACGAACACCCGACACGCAUAAGCCUCUCAUCAUUUCGAAUCAGCUGAUUCAGGACUAUUCCGAGAAUCGCGUUGACACCCUCCAUACGAAGAACCUUCUACAUCUUGGUGAAGAUCGUUACCUCACGACCCUGUUGCUCAAGCAUUUCCCGAACUUCAAGACUCAAUUCGUUCGAGAUGCCCAUGCUUACACCGUCGCGCCAGAUGAUUGGAAGGUCUUGCUCUCGCAGCGUCGCCGUUGGAUCAAUUCUACUGUCCACAAUCUAGGUGAACUUGUCUUCUUAGACCAGCUCUGCGGUUUCUGCUGCUUCUCCAUGCGGUUCGUUGUCAUGAUCGACCUUGUUUCUACCAUCACGCAACCUGUUACUGUUGCCUACAUUGCCUACCUCAUCUACUUAACGGCAGGGUUGGGCAGAACUAUCCCGACAAUCUCGUUGAUCAUGAUUGCUGCGAUUUAUGGUAUUCAAGCGCUCGUCUUUAUCUUGCGGCGAAAAUGGGACAUGAUCGGCUGGAUGAUAUUUUACAUUCUUGCCAUUCCAGCAUUCUCGUUCUUCCUGCCAUUAUACUCGUUCUGGAAGAUGGAUGAUUUCUCCUGGGGUGCUACUCGUCUCGUCAUGGGUGAAUCUGGGAAGAAGAUGAUUGUUCACGACGAAGGGAAGUUCGAUCCUCGCGUUAUUCCCCUCAAGUCAUGGACCGAAUAUGAAAACGAACUUUGGGACAAAGAGUCGAAUCAUAGCAUUGGUUCAUGGGUCCCUCCCCAGAAAUUCAAGAAUGAGGGCUAUCCUGAAUCACACACAGCUUCCAUCUAUGGCCGAGAAACGUACUACGAGCCCCGUAGCCAUUCACCGUCUCAAGGGGGCAUGAUGAACCCUCCUGGUUAUCAAUCUGGCCGUAACACUCCUCAGUCGCAAUACGGUAUGGCUUACCAGCCGGCGCCCUCGCGACCAUUAACAAAUUAUCUGGAUGUCGCUAUUCCCUUAACCCAAGCUCCUGAAGGAUUCGACUCAGAACCAUCCGAUGCCGCCCUGCAACGAGCAGUACAAGCCAUAUUACACACUGCAGAUCUGAACGCAGUCACGAAACGAGAGGUCCGAAGACAGCUGGAAGAACAGUUUGGGAUGGACCUAACAUCUCGAAAGAAGGUUAUCAACGACGCUAUCGACGAUGUUCUCGUCCGCAGAGCUUAG